UCCCCACUUUGACAUUUUUGGGGAAAAACCCCCCAACACUCUUCUUCUACAUUCUUAUUCCCAAUAUCAAAUUCUCCCCCAAAUCAAAAACCCUAGCUUUCAUGGAUUCUCGCCUCUUUCUCGCUCUUUCACUCUGUUUCUUCUCCCUCUCCCUCUUCCCUCACACAUCCCACUCCAGAGCUCGAGUCCAGAACCUGAUCGACCUCAAAAAAACUGUGGGAUCUGUGAUCAAAUUGAAGAGAGGCCCUUCUUCUACUACAUUUGAUCCGGCUCACGUCUCUCAGCUCUCAUGGAAGCCCAGGGCUUUUCUGUACAAGAAUUUUCUGACUGAGGAGGAGUGUGAUCAUCUGAUCAACCUGGCCAAAGAUAAGCUGGAGGUGUCCAUGGUGGCUGAUAAUGACUCUGGUAAGAGUAUAAAGAGUGAAGUGCGGACGAGCUCUGGAAUGUUUCUCUCGAAAGCUCAAGAUGAAGUAGUUGCCAACAUUGAGUCCAAGAUUGCUGCAUGGACUUUCCUUCCAAUUGAAAAUGGGGAGGCGAUGCAGAUACUGCAUUAUGAAAACGGUCAAAAGUAUGAGCCACAUUUCGAUUAUUUUCAUGACAAAGCCAAUCAAGAAUUGGGUGGCCACCGAGUUGCCACUGUAUUGAUGUAUCUCUCUAAUGUCAACAAAGGUGGGGAGACAGUCUUUCCCCAAGCGAAGGUGAAAACACUUCAGAACAAGGAUGAGGAGGUCCUGUCUGAAUGUGCUAAAAAUGGAUAUUCUGUGAAACCGUUCAAGGGUGAUGCGUUGCUGUUUUUCAGUCUUCUUCCUAACGCAACAACCGAUCCAAACAGUUUGCAUGGGAGCUGCCCUGUCAUUGAGGGUGAGAAAUGGUCUGCAACCAAGUGGAUUCAUGUGAGAUCCUUUGAAAAGUCAAUAAAGAUGGUACAUAGCGGGGAGUGCACAGAUGAGAACACAAACUGCGCUACAUGGGUUAAAGCCGGUGAAUGUGAGAAGAACCCUACAUACAUGGUGGGUUCAGUCGAUCAACCCGGGUUUUGUAGGAAGAGUUGCAAGGCCUGCUCAUCUUAGGGCAGUUAUGUUCCUUCCUAGUUCUUUCUAUACGGAAAGUGAUUGUUAUUUAGAUGUAUAUAACAUUGAGUUCUUUCCCAGAUCAACUUUCCUAGCACAUUCAUAAUGUACUUACACAGUUUACUAUUACAAAAAUGAACAUGUAGGUCAAAUUAUUCUAUUA